AUCUGGAAGCAUAUUUUUAAUCUAUACUUACAAUUGAUUAAGAAAAGAAAAAUGGCGUGUUUGUCUUUCCUUUUAAAUCUUUGAUAAAACAUUGUAUUAAAACUAGAUUGCAUAGAAAGGAAUAAUAAUCGUGGAAUAAAUUUAUCCAAGCGUUAAAUUUUUAUGCGACAGAUCUGUGUAAAGGAUCACAAGUACAUUGAAUCCGAGUGUCUUACAGCAGGCGAGCGAUGUCGUGGCGCAGGGACGAGCGCAGCUCCCGCUGGGGUGAGCACGACGUUCGCUGGGAGCAGCGGCGCAGCGCGAGCCCGCGGCACUCGCCCCAGAGGGAUCGCCACCGCGAUCGUGAGCGCGAGCGCGACCGCGACCGCGAACGCCGCGACCGCUACGAGCGCGACGCGGACCGCUUUCGAGGCCGCGAGCGCUUCGACAAGCGCGACCGCGAGCGGCGCCGCUCGCCGCUGAAGCGCUACGACGACCGUGACGUUCCGGCCCCGCCUUCGCCGCCUAGGAUCAGCGAUGAUAAAGAAACUACACCGAAUCACGAUUCGGAAUCCAACAGCCCUUCUGCGAGCACCCGACACGAAUACAACUCCGAGGGUGGCGACAAUAAAUGUGACAAAACGGAAGACGGGCAAAGCCCAAAUGGCUCCGCCGGAGAUUGGUUCUGUAAAUGCGGUUCGUACAAUUUUAAACGUCGUCAGGUCUGCUAUCGCCGCAACUGCCAAGGGAAACGUACAGAAGGUACCAUCCUGGGCGUCGACACUGAAAGGGGGAAUGGCUCCGAUCCCAACUCGGGGAUAACAAAGAGACUUCUCUUCAGGCGUUUAGAUGCUUUGACAACAGAGGAAAAGAUUUUGGAAGUACUAAAAGAGAGGUGCUCAAUACAAGUGAUAGAUUCUAUUGCAGGUAUUACAAUAGGGCGUGAAACAUUGACAGGGGCAUCGAAAUGUCUCGCUUAUAUCAAUUUUAAUUCUAUUUCUGAGUCAACAGCUGCUCACAUGGAGCUGAUGUCUUUAAAUCCACCUCUUGACAUAGAUGGUAAAGAAGUCCUAAUAAGUUUUUAUAAUGAGCCUCCUAAAUUACAAAAAUCUGUUCCAACCACUACAGCAGACUAUUCAUCUUAUUAUGCACAAAUGGCAAACUACAGCACACCUUCAUCAGCAGCACUCUCUGAAGCCGACAGAGUCAAUGCUGCAGCAGCAGUUGCCCAGUCCGCCAUCAAUGCAGCACAAGCCCGGCAAAUGUCCUGGGUGCCCGUUUCUGCACCUGUGUUUGUUUCUUCCAACUCCAAAAUGAAUGCUGCAACUAAAAUUCCUACAGGUGAUGGAAAAACUGUGUUUACUGCACCAGAUGUUAGGACAUUUAUGUAUGAUGAAACAUCUGGAUAUUAUUACGACCCUGCCACAGGCUUGUACUAUGAUGGUGCAACUCAGUACUUUUACAACAGUCAGCUCAGUUUGUACAUGUAUUGGGAUGCAACAUCCUCCACAUACAUAGCGGCCACCCAAGCCCACCAGAACACAGACCAGCCAAAACUGCCCAGUCCACCGGAAGCCACCACAGAAAAUACUAUUAUAAAGGAACCGGAGGAAAAGAAAAAGAAAGAUAAGGAAGAUAAAGUAAAGGUGGCUAAAAAGAUUGCUAAAGAUAUGGAAAGAUGGGCGAGAACUUUAAAUCAAAAGAAAGAAAAUGCUAGAAGCAAUUUUGUAAUGGAACAACCGUUGGAUACUGGAGCCAGUAAAGGUUCAGCCGAUAUAGGCUUCUCUGUAGAUAUAAUCGACUGGGCCAAGUUGACAUGUCUUAUUUGCAAACGGAAAUUCCCAUCCGUCGAAGUUCUAACAAAACACAAAACAUUAUCCGACUUACAUAAACAAAAUUUGGCGGAAUUUCGCAAGAAAAAUGAUCUCCUGCCACAGACCAACGGGUAUAGAGACCGAGCCGCAGAGAGGAGGAUGAAGUUUGGAGAGGAUGAGCCACCUCCUAUAAGGAAGCGAUACGAACCCUCCGACAACUCUCAGGCGUCAGCCAUGUCGCAUCCGCCUCCGUCGGUGGUGGACACAAUAGGCGGUAAGAUGUUGCAGAAGAUGGGGUGGUCUGCGGGACGCGGGCUGGGCAAGACGGAGCAGGGCCGGAUAGCGCCCGUGGAGGCGGAGCAGCGGCCCGCGCUGGCGGGGCUGGGGCAGAAGCGCGGAGUCUACACCCCCACGCCGGGGGAGACCUACAGGGAUACUGUCAAGAAGCUGAUGAUCGCCCGCUACAAAGAAGUCGUCGGACAAGAGGAAGGAAACCAUUGGUGAGUUCUGUUGGUUUUAUAUUUAAAUGUUUUUAUAAUACUUUAUUUGCAGGUUGGAUAUCUGGAGGUCAGUGGAUUUGGAGUAAACCAAUCCUCUAUUUGCAUUUAUUUCCAUUACUAAUUAUUUUAUCUAAAUUUGAUUUAUUUAAAAAGAUAUAUAUUAGAUUUAUCUUAUCAGAGACUAUACAGAUUUAAAGAUAAACUCAUUAAAAUGUUAAAUGAGAAAAUGCAAUAUUAAAAACACAAUUUAACUUCAAAAAUACUAAAAAUCAGUAAGUAUUCUAAGAUGCAGUGUGUCAUAUUGGCACAGUUUGUAAUAACAAAAAAUUCUACAUAUCAUAUUUUUGUACAGGAUUUUUGUGUCAUAAAAUCUUAAAUAAUAUUUUUUUGUCAUAUAGAAGUUAUCAUCAAGUGAAAGACAAUGUAAUUAAUUAAUUAAUAUUUCAAAACUAAAAUAUUCCUUGUGUAAGUGAUGAUGAAGACUUAUGUUGAAAAUGGGUUUGAUGUUUCUGUCGGAGGCAACUUGUAGCAAACAUUUCUAAUGUGUUGAUUCUGGUUUCACAAUACUAGAUGUGGCAGCGGCAAGCGCCGCACGGCCGCGUGGCGCGCCCCCACUGUGCGGUGAGUGUGUCUUUAUAUCUUUGUGUUAUUAAUCUUCUCUCCACAGGACACAUUCAUCAAUUAAAUCUUCUCACAAAUGCAACUUUCAGAGAUAAUGUUGAAUUUUUUCUAGGUUAUACAAGAUGAACAUUCUAGAAUCAUUGUCAACUACUCCAUUGUCUAUUAGCCUGUUACCAAAAUGCCUUUUUAUUUUAGCGCAUAUUUUAUCAAAUUGGAAAGAAAAGGUUAUCUAUCCGUGAAAUUCAACUACUGUACAGUCAGCUGUAAAAAUUUUAAUACACUUACAUAACUAGAACUUGCCUUUGAUUACAAAAAUAUAUUUUCACUCAUCUGUCAAUAAAAUAUAUUUAUUGUAAGCAAACAGCCAGGCAUGGGCUUACAUAUUUUUGUAACCAAAACCAUAUACAAGUUUCUGUAGUUUGGUAAAUGUAUACAUAUUUAUGUAGCUGACUGUACAUUUGUAUCAAAUAUAUUGUCUACACACAAUAAUGCCAGUAGCUAGGCCAUGUUUAGGUAAAUUAUAAAAUGUAACGGAAAAGAAGAUUCAUCAAGUAAUUAGUGAAAUUGGAACAUUUUAGACAGGACAUGGACAUAUCUGUGAUUGAAGCUGUGAUAUUACAUUAGUGCUUGUGACAUUGGGACAUCGGGGUGGCGAAUGUGCAAAUCUGUAUUCAAUAUAGUUUAACUGAUAAAUGUGACUAUUUACAUUGCAGAGUCAACGCCAGCAACCAGACUCCGUGCCAAACAAAGUUCUCUUACAAAAUACAUCCCCUGUAUAUAUUUCUCUUUAAUAGUAAACCUCAGGAAUAGGGCUUACCUUUUUUUUGUUUUUUUUUCUUAUAUACUUUCCGUCACAAAUCGUACCUUUCAAUAAAGUGGAUAAAACGAAGUCAGAUUCCAUUAUAAAAGACAAAUUUGUUGUAAAGAACAAAUGAGCAACUAGUUAUUAAAACUAUUAUAUUUAAUUUAGAUUUUGUACAAAAAGUAUGAUAAGUGUAAGACCAUAAAUAGUGUUAAAAACAUAGUAUAAAGCAAGAAGACAAAUUUAAUAUUCAACAAUUCCCAAUACAAGUGCAGUUAUGAAGAGAGAAAAAAUAUUAGGUACUUCAAAGAUGAAUUAAAUUAAGAACUAUAGUUUACUUAUGUGUUCAAAAUGGCAUAUAAAUAUGAAGUGCAUUAAAUUAUAUACUGUAGUUUAGUUUUUUAAUUGUCAGAACAAUUUAAGGAUAUCAUAACAUUUUUAGUAUGUUUUUAAGUAUUAUUCACAUAGUAUAAGUAAUUAUGUUUAAAUUUGUUCAAACAAAUUAUUAGGUGUUGCAAAAUGAAACAUAAACAGAUUGAUGAAAUUUUUGUUAAUGUUAAAAAUCUUAGUUGUGUAGAUGGAUCUACUUUAUAUAGGCUUAUACAUUAUAUUAUAUACUAUUUUUACA